AUGAAGCCGGUGCGCAGAUCGAUCGCCGAUAGAAUCAGCGACCUUCCCGCCAACGUGAUUGAGCUAAUCCUGAUGUCGUUGCCCAUCAGAGACGCGGGCAAAUCGAGCAUCCUGUCCAGCAAAUGGAGGCACCGCUGGAGAAGUAUUCCCCAGCUGGUCUUCGAUUUCGAUUUCAACACCUACGACGACGAGAGAGAGCUGAUGCUGAACAUCUCCAAAGCUCUGCUGGUCCACGACGGGCCGAUCACCAAGUUCGUCCUCGCCAUGCCCGGGAUAAACCCUUGUCAGGAACUCGAUCCGGUGAUUCUUCACGUUUCCAGCAAAGGGGUCCGCGAAUUCGCCCUCUACUUCAGCGACGAAGUGAUCCAGCCCGGGUACCGCCAGAACAUUCACUCUUCUCUGUUCUCUGUUCUUCCCCUGAAUUGCCUUAAGCUCUGGAACUGCGAAUUCGUGCCCCCUUUUGGGUUCGUAGGGUUUGGUAAGCUCACCCGUCUCGAGCUGAGAACGGUGACCGUGCCUAAUUAUUUCUAUCACGAUUUCCUGCGCAAGUGCCCGCUGCUUCAGGAUCUGAGGCUUCUGGACUGUGAGGGUCCUACUCAUGUUCAAAUUGAUGAAGCUCCAUGUCUGAGAGUGUUUCUCUAUAACCGGGGGUAUUUAGAGGACAUUAGCUUCUCGCGAACUCCGCUUCUUUCGGUUGUUUCGAUUCAGUUGCAGCCUGGUGAUUUCAAAUUGAACGAAUUCGACGAGGCUAGAGAUGUGAUCGCCGUAUUUGCUUCUCUUGCAGCACUCCAGAAGCUGUAUGUCAGCUUUGAGUUCCUAAAAUUCCUUGCUGCAGAGGAUAUCCCCUCCAAGCUGCCUACUGCUCUCCGCCGAUUGAGAGUCCUCGACGUUCGCAGCAAUUCUCACACCACUUAUUUCCUCGAGUCGAAGGUUCUGUUUUGUCUGCUCAGGAGUUCCCCCAACUUGCGCAGACUGACAAUUCAGAGGCAAUUCGGAGUCGAGUUUCCAACCAGACCGAGCCAACCGAUGUUUUUUGAACCUGAUUCCGUUGAUCAUGAUGCUGCGUCUGAACUCUCGGACGAUAAUGCUGAAGAUCAUUGUUGUCCGUCUCUGGAAGAGGUGAAUAUGCAGUGUAGUGAAGGCUCGAAUUUUGAGCAGGCACUACUCAAGUUUGUGCUGGCCGAGGCCCCACUGCUUCGCAGGAUAAUCAUCAAGCCUAAACCUGGAUUGGAUUGGGAGAAAUGUUUCAAGCUCUUGAAGGAGGUUACACACUGUCAUCGUGUUUCAGAAGAAGCAGAGGUCAUAUUCAUGAGCUAUAAGAAGACGGUUUGGAGCAUGAAGUUGGCUGAUAUCUAG